GCCUGUCACUGCCACUCCGGAGAGCCACCAUGGCGCACGGCGGGCCACGCGUGUCCCUCGCAGCCGCCGCCACCGCCGUGGCCUCCCGCCUGCCUCCUCCUCCGCUGCUGCUGCUGCUGCUGCUGCUGGGCUCCGCCGCCGCUCUGCGCUGCGCCGAGCCCUGCGCCCCCCCCGGUCCCGCGGCGCCCGGCCGGGGGGCGCGGAGCACGGCCGGGGGGCGGCGGAGCACGGCCGGGGAGGCGGCGGGGGGCGGCCGCGCCGGGAGAGCAUCCCCCGCGGCUGGGGGCCGGGAGCGGGUGGCCCUGCUCAGCACCUCCUUCGUGCUCAAGGGGGACGCGGCUCACAACCAGGCGAUGGUGCACUGGACGGGAGAGAACAGCAGCGUGAUCCUGAUUCUUACCAAGUAUUACCAUACUGACAUGGGAAAAGUGCUGGAGAGCUCUUUGUGGAGAUCCUCAGAUUUUGGGACGUUAUACACAAAGUUGAAUCUGCAGCCUGGGAUUGCCACUGUUAUUGACAAUUUCUACAUUUGUCCCACCAACAAAAAGAAGAUCAUUCUUGUAAGCUCUUCGCAUAAUGACCGUGACCAAAGCCUUUUCAUAAGCACAGAUGAAGGAGCUACUUUCCAGAAACAACCUAUUACUUUUUUUGUGGAAACUCUCCUUUUUCACCCAAAAGAAGAAGACAAAGUGCUUGCUUACACAAAGGAAGGCAAGGUUUACGCAUCUAUUGACUUGGGGAAAAAAUGGACUCUUCUGCAGGAGCGAGUUUCAAAAGAUCAUAUUUUUUGGGCCGUUGCUGGAGUUGAUGGAGACCCUGAUUUAGUUCAUAUGGAAAUCCAGGACCCCAGUGGAGGUUAUCGCUACAUCACUUGCCAGAUGCAAAAUUGCUCUGAUAAGACAAUGACAGUCCAGUUUGCUGGUAGCACUGAUCGGGAUUCCCUGACUGUGCAGGAUGACUACAUAUUUCUUCAGACAACAUCAGCAAAUCGGACAAAGUAUUACGUAUCUUACCGUCGAAAUGGCUUUGUACAGAUGAAGUUGCCAAAAUAUGCAUUGCCAAAAGAUUUACAGAUAAUCAGCACAGAUGAAAACCAGGUAUUUGUGGCUGUUCAGGAAUGGUACCAGACAGACACAUACAACCUGUACCAGUCUGACCCACAAGGUGUUUACUACUCCAUCCUGCUGGAGAACGUCCGGAGCACAAAGCAACCGGAAGAGAAUGUCCUGAUAGAUAUUCUGGAGGUCAGAGGUGUAAAAGGAGUCUUUCUGGCUAACCAGAAGAUUGAUGGGAAAGUUACAACUCUGAUAACCUACAACAAAGGCCGUGACUGGGAUUUUCUAAACCCUCCAGACAUUGAUAUGAAUGGCAAACCGACAAACUGCAAACCUCCUGAUUGCUACCUUCACCUCCAUCUCCGCUGGGCAGACAAUCCGUAUGUGUCAGGAACAGUCCAUACAAAGGAUACUGCACCAGGGCUCAUCAUGGGGGCAGGUAACCUGGGGUCACAGCUGGUUGAGUAUAAAGAAGAAAUGUACAUCACAUCUGACUGUGGGAACACGUGGCGUCAGGUCUUUGAAGAAGAGCAUCACAUCUUGUACCUGGACCAUGGCGGAGUUAUCGUGGCUAUCAAAGACACCUCCAUCCCACUGAAAAUACUCAAGUUCAGCAUAGACGAAGGCCAGACUUGGAGUACACAUAAUUUUACCAGCACUUCAGUCUUCGUAGACGGAUUACUAAGUGAACCUGGAGAUGAGACACUGGUCAUGACAGUCUUCGGACACAUUAGUUACCGUUCAGACUGGGAACUUGUGAAGGUGGACUUCAGGCCAUCCUUCCCCAGGGAGUGUACUGAUGAUGACUAUGAAUCCUGGGAUCUCACAAAUCUACAGGGUGAUCAAUGCAUCAUGGGUCAGCAGAGGAGCUUUCGGAAGAGGAAGAUUUCAUCAUGGUGCAUUAAAGGGAGAAGUUUCACGUCAGCUCUCACAUCCAAAGUCUGUGAAUGCAUGAGCUCUGAUUUCUUAUGUGAUUAUGGGUUUGAGCGCUCUGCACCUCUAAAGUCACAGUCUAGCAAGUGUUUCGCUGACUUUUGGUUUAACCCAGAAGCACCUCCGGAAGACUGUGUGUUGGGGCAGGCAUACACCAGCAGCACUGGGUACAGGAAAGUUGUUUCUAAUGUGUGUGAAGGUGGCGUAGACCUGCAGCAGAACUUAGCACAGCAUAUGUGUCCACUGAUUGCUCCCAAGGGACUUCAGAUCAGCAUCAGAGGAGAAAGCCUGGCUGUUAAGCCUGGGGAAGACAUCACCUUCAUUGUCAGACAAGAGCAGGGUGACAUAUUGAAUACCAAGUACCAGGUAGAUCUUGGUGAUGGCUUUAAGGCAAUAUAUGUGAACCUUACAAUGACUGGAGAACCCAUUCGUCACCGCUAUGAGAAUCCUGGGAUUUACCGUGUCUCGGUGAAGGCUGAAAAUGUUGCUGGGCGCGAUGAGGCUGUGGUGUUCAUCCAAGUUAACUCUCCACUGCAGGCUUUAAAUUUAGAAGUGGUUCCAGUCAUUGGCAGAAACCAGGAGGUGAAUCUGACAGCCAUCAUAUUGCCCAAGAAUCCUAAUUUGACAGUCUUCUACUGGUGGAUAGGAAACAAUCUUCAGCCACUUCUUACAUUGGACAAUUUUCUGGUAACGAAGUUUGCUGUGACAGGUGACAUCAGAGUGACAGUGCAAGCUUCCUGUGGGAACUCCAUGCUUCAGGAUUCAAAAGUUGUCCAUGUUUUUGAUCAUUUUCAUGUUCUUCCUCUGAAGUUUACUAAGCACCUGGACAUGUACAACCCCGACAUACCAGAGUGGAGGGAAGACAUAGGACGGGUAGUAACACGACUUCUUGCAAAGGAAACCAAUAUACCCGAAGAAACACUUAUGACAGUUGUGAAACCUGGUCUGCCCACAACUGCUGACUUGCAUGUGCUGCUACCAGCAAACCAGCCUAAAAGGAAGAGGAGUGUAACUAGUGAUAAGAGAAUAGCAACUAUAAAGCAGGCCUUGAAUGCACACAACAUCAGUUUCUUUCUGAGGGGAGGAUAUUGGGUCUUGGUGACCUUAGCGGACUCCGAUUCAGACUCUCAGAGGAUUGGAGGAGGCAGUAGCUACUGGGCUAUUGUGGUUCUCUUUGUUAUCUGUCUAGUUGCAGUUGGGGCUUUCAUCCUCUACAAGUUCAAAAGGAAACUGCCAGGCAGGAAUGUCUAUGCCCAGAUGCACAACGAAAAAGAACAGGAGAUGACAAGCCCUGUCAAUCAUAGUGAGGACACCCAGAACAUCAUCCAGGGUGAGGAGUUUAUUGAUGAUGAUCUGGACUCUCAAACACUAGGUAACGCAAGAGUGACUCCUUCUGGGAGAAGUGGCAACUUGAACAGCUACAGAGUUCCCCUAUUGCUGAUGCCGGUCAGUGUCCAGUCCCAGGCAAUCACUCAGGCGUGGUUUUGAGCAUCAACUCCAGAGAGAUGCACAGUUACCUGGUUAGCUGAUAUUUACAGCUGAACACAAAAACCGAAAGACUCUUCUCUGUAUUGUUUUAUUUUUCCCUGGUGAUGUCACAAAAUUGCGAAUAUGGCUGUAAAUGCUGGUGGAGAGAAGGUUCCCUAACAGUCCCGUGGAAAAAAGGCGUCCAUCAUCAGUUACCAGGGGAGAAGGAUAAUACGUCUUGCGUUCACUCUAUGGCCUGGGAACUCGUUACAAUUCAAAUUCAAACUAUGGUAGCAAAUUUGUAGCCCUAGGCACAUUCAAUGCCACCUUCCUUUUUUCUUUUCCUGUAUAUGUUCUAGUUCUCUAUGUUUAUUUUUAGGAUGAUUGACUGUAACUUUUUAACUAUGUUUUUAACUGAGGUAUGUAUUCAGUGGAAGGCUGGGACUCUUCAGCCUGAAAAGGUGAUUUCUAAACAAGUGACUAGACCAGAAUAGAUGGUUUUCACGAUGACAUUGUGUCAGAAGGCCAUAACUCAGCAGUGGUUCUGUACUGGGAGAGGACUGAGCAAGGAGUCCUAUGUACUCCUAGGCCAUACAAGCUCUUAACUUAAAAAUGUGUGAGACAAUCUAAUGAAUUUAUGCUUACGCCCUUCUGUGGGUUACAGGAAGUAAAGUGUUAAUUAGGAUAUCUCGUAAUUAUAGGAUAAUUCUCCUUUAAGUGUAGCAAGUCCUGACAAACCAUCAGCAUAGGUAUGUCCCCCGAUCCUACCGUGUGAAAGAGAAACACCAGCGUGAAGCUUUUCCCAGACCAGGUGCCUUCACUUGCAGACAGUCAUUUCAUUUGCUCUCCUCUUGUCUUCUGAGCGAGCACCUCUAGGACGAUGGCAGCUGCCAGAUCAGUUAUCAUGUAAAAAAAAAAAAAAAACGGUGCUGAUGGCCUGUUUCUUUUUAAAUUUCCAGAGAGUGUAAAUACCUCUUUAGGUUGCUUUCUUUGUAUGGUUAUUUUUUAAAAAAUUGCCAUUAGGGCAGAGAUGCCGGGAAGGUCAGAGCUCUCCUCCAGGUGGAACACCACAGUCCCCUUCCCACCCGUGUCACCCCUGGGACUUUCCCUGCCUUUGGGCCGUUGGAGGCAGGGGUGGGCAAACCCUGACCUGAACUCUGCUUGGGUUGCUCUGACAGUCUGUAGGGCCCUGGGGAGGACCGGUUGUGGUUUCAGAGUUCGUAUUUCCUUUCUCUCACCACAGGGUGUCACUCGGUCCCUAGCACAGCACUGGUCCCUACGCCUGCAGGUUGGGCAGUGGGGCUUCUGAAGGAGCAUCCUGCAGAAGGUCUCGGGGGUCAGCCUGGAGGUUCCCCACCCCAAAUUUGUGAUCAGCUCAGAGUUUCCAAAUCCCAACCUCUGCACCCCCAGGCAGAGGCAGUGCAGUGAAUCCGCACGUCGCUGCAGGUUUCCCUGAGGUUGAUGGAGCCGUGUAGGAAAUGGACUGUGGUGUGAUGAGUUCAAACAUCUGGCAUCCUUUGUGUCACAGCUGCCUGGAAUUAGGACGCUCCUCUCAGCAACCUAUAUAAUCUCUUCACUUUUUGCCUUCAAUAGAGAAUAAAUAGCUCUUUACUCAGUGAAUGUCAUACCGAUGCUACUGGCAAGCUCCCACACCACCUUGCUUAAGGAGGAUACAGAUAGCUAUCUGCAUCUUUCUGAAUAAACAAACAGUAAAUAAUGAGCGCUGGCAAGACAGAAAAGACCUGUCUUUAAAUUACCCCAUGCAUUGGAGUUAUUCUUCCAUGUAGCUGUUGAUGGCCUAAAGCAUAUGUUUGUCAAAUGCAACAGACUGGGAUGUAGUAAUUCAGUGCAGUACUGUAGGCUCUCACAAACCCUACAGGAUGUAUGUGUAAAGCACAAGAAAUUCUAGUUUAGAAACGUAAUGUAAGGACCUGGGUGGAAAAGUUAAAGAUUCUGAAAGUGCUUGCAAACUGCUCAGGAAAAUAAUUUCCAAAAUCUUUCAAAAAAAAAAAAAAAGCCUAUGUAGUGGUAGAGUGCUGUGCAAAUUGAUCCAGAGAGGAGCAGUGCUCUAGCUGAUGUGUAUGCAGGAAGGACCGUGCUUAAAUCCAAGGUGUUACAUGUGUCUGAGUCUGCAUUUCUUGAAGAGAAGUGCAAAUACAAAAUGUGCUCUGCAUUGGAAACUCUCAGGGUUGUUGCACCAGAGGCUUCCCCUUCUCACCAGCUCUUUCUAGUGGGAAUGAGCUGGAAAAGAGUAAAAUAGUAUUGCAAACAGCUUGCUUAUACCUGUGAAAUAAAUCUGUAGUAGGUAUGGGGCAGGUGAGUAGGGGGAUUAGCCUCAUGAACAAGGAGUAGGAUGGAAAUCCUAGUUUGGGAUCGUUCUUCCACAGAUUAUCUGAUUAGUGAAGGACACUGUUGGAACUAGGUCAUACAUCUAAUUUAUGCUUUAACAACUACUUUUAUAUAUGUAAUACAGGGUGAUUUGUGUCUCUGACAACAGGAGUCUUUUGGAAAACCGUAGAAUAUUUAACUGCUCGAUACUCUAAUUAGCACAGCACAAUAUAGUGCCUGUAAUAAUGUUUUUCAAAGCUAAUUAAUCUGAUUCAUGCAGCACUUGUGUGAGGUUGGUUUGUCAUGUCUUAAAAGCACUGUUUUCUAAAGAGAUGUCAGUAUCGCCGUAACUGUAUUAGCAAUACCCAGCAUAUAAUAAAGGAAGCCUUUGAUUCCUUGGAAAAAAUAACUUUAAAAUGAGUUAUUAUGAAAUUGAGAAAAAUACCAUGCCCAUUUUCCCAUUCAUGGUUUAUCUUUAAAUGAAAAUUCUCACAGCACUAGGUUUUGAAUCUCUUGAACUACAUCCAGGACAUCUUAGCAUUUUAAAGGCUAUGUAAAUAUAUAUACAUCCUUGAUAUAUAUCUAAAAUCCUCUUACAUGCAUAUGCAGAACAGAGAGUUCUUUCUAUGCGCAAAUGCUAGGCACACAUGUAUGCAUUUGUACAUGCAGUAUUCGUAUGUACUCCAGUUAAACUUGUUAUUGAGGAAGGGUGAUUUGAUGGCUAAGAAAUGGAAGAUGGGUGUCAGGUACCUAGAUUCUGUACCCAGACUUUGGACAAGCUACUUAACCUGUAUGUGCCUCAGUUUCCCCACCUGUAAAAUGGGGCUGAUAGUAAUUAUGUACCUCACAGGAGCAUUGUGAAGCUAAAUUAAUUACUGUUUGUUCAGCACCUUUAGAGUGAAAUAAUUAUGUGAGUAUAUAAUAUUAAUAGUCUAGCUUUCUUUUUUCUUUUUUUUUUUUUUCUUACUAUUGCUGUAAUUUAAGGUAGUAUACUGAAACCAAUCACAAUUAUAUGUAAACAUAAAAAAUCCAUAAACGAAACAGGUACAUAACUGUUAAAAAGAAGAAAAGAAAAAAAUAAAAGAAAAAAAAGGUAAUUUCAGUUGAAAGCUGUUAUUGGACCAUAUGCAGAGUAGCAUUGCAACAUGGGCUGUGAUCUUGCUAAUUUGCAUCACAGUAUCUUAAACUUACUUUCUGCAGUGUUAUUUGGUCAAAAGCCUAAUACAAUGGGUACAAUGAUACCUAUCAGCAUUGACACUGAACUAUACUAAAACCAGAAACAACAAAACUGGUAUUGUAUUGGUAUCAUUUAGAACUUGUGGCCUUCUUAAACUCGCAUGUAUUUGCAAGUUCAAAAACACCUGGUACUUCUAAGAAUGCUUCAAGGAGUUCUGAUACGAAGCCAUCAAGAUUUACAGUUGUUAACUGUAGUUUCCCUUUUGACACUGGAUGUUUGAGACAGCUUUAGGAUCGUCUACUCAUAUAACGUGUUCAGAAAUGCUCAGAAGACAUUUACAGACACCCACACACAGUGUAAAUUAAUUUCUUAAAAAUGAAAGCAAUAUAAACCAAUGUAUAUUUUUAUACCCUUUAUAAGAUGGUGGUGGAAGCAACUGUGAAGAAAUAGAAGAUGCCAGCCUGAGGCAAGAUGUUGUUAUAGCUCCAAUUGAUACCCAAUUUCUUUGAACUCUUUGAGGAUAUUCUCAUUGAAUAUUAUAUUAUUCUUGACGAGUUUUCUGCUUUCACUGACCAGUGAGAGCAGCAUUCAUUCACGUAAAGUAGAUGAUUUGUUAAAUUACUGUCCUAUAGACAGACAGAGACAAAUCAAUGUUUUGUGAUUACUAGCUCAUAGUACAAAGCAGAUUUCAGCUGACGUUGUUAUGUUGGUUAUCUGUUUUAAGUCUGCUGAGAAAUCCCUUUAGUGGGAAUACUCUAUUAUGGCAUGUCGCUUCUUUAAUAGAGAGUAGCAGAAUGGAACUGCAUUGGUUUCUAUCCUCCUUACAUAAAUACAUGCUCAAAGAUAUAUAUAUAUAUAUAUAUAUCAUUUUUAAUAAAUUUACUGCCUUAGUUUGUAGUAGCUUUUUGAUGACAAAGCAAUGAUUCUGGUAUGUUUUGAAUUUUGACGUUAUUUAAAUUUGAAUACAACGUUGCUAAGUCAGUAGCAUUGAUGACAAUGUCAGUUGAAGGUUUUUCCUUUGUUUUCUCUAAAACUAUGAUGUGGCUGUUUGUUUUAAUGCGGCUUUGGGGAAAAGAAGACCAGAAUUUUUAUUUCAUUAUUGAAUUAUUUACAGUUGGAGUUGCUUUUAUAUGUCGAUUGAUAUUGCUGUGUUGUUUCCAACUUCAUUUUAAUUUCAGAGUUUUAGAAGAAAGUGCAAAUUUCUCUCAAAAUACUGGCUUACCAUCAGAAAGAAAUUUAUUAGCAUUUACCUUUAUAAAUAUUAGUUUUUGAGAUGCAAAACUUUGAUGGAUAUUCUAGACGAUCGUAGCUUCCUAGCAUAUUUUCUCUAUUCUAGCCCCAAUUGCUUAUUUAUUCUACAACUUUCUUUGAGACUGGCAUAUAGCCUAAUCUUACUAGUCUGUGAAAGUCUUUCUAAAACUUACAUUAGAAGAACAUUUAAGUGCCUAGAAGUAGUUAAAGCGUCUGCUUAGAACAUUUUUAUAACAUUGUCUUAUAUUUUCAUAUUCUUUAUUUCCUUUCAGUAUUUCAGUAUUAGCCCUCUGACUGCCAUUUAAAUAAGUGUUUAUUCCUUUUGUGGUUACAUAUAUAAUGUUUUUCACUUAUUUUCAGACUACAGUCAUCAAAGUGACAAGUUUUGAAGUAUCUCAGACCUCCAGUUAGCUUUUGCAAUUAGAAGCUGAGCCCUGCAGUCUUCGGAAAAUAUCAAGCUGUGCACUCUUUAAUUUUUUAAUCUUCUUUCAUAAGUCAGCCCUCCUACCUGGCUGACCGCCUCUGCAGCUUUUCUUCCCUUUCUUUUUGCUACCUCCAGCUGGUGGGAGUGCAGAAGGGUUUCACAAUGCCUAGAUAGCCUACAAGUCGAUUCCCAAAUUUGAACAGGAACUGUUUGAUGGACUAUUUUUUUUUUUCCUUUCAUUUCAAAUAUUUUGCAUAGAGUGCAGAGGACUAUAUAUACUGUCAGGGAAAUAAAGACUAGUAAUCUGCACAAAUUGUUCUUCAUAAUGGUCUGAAGACUAAAGAAUGUAUUUUCAGAAUUUUUUUUUCCUGAAAUUGAUACCUACAGUAAGUUAGUUUCAUGUUUUUUAAUAUGCAAGGUCUUAUUUCUUUAAGUCUUCAGUACUUCACUUUUUUUCUCCUGUUAAAUGGAGUAACAAAGUAUGUAAAAUGUGAAUUGUAAAGCAAUGUAUGACCAACUGAAAGAUUUUCAUUGUUUUCAUCUCUCCUUUUUUUUUUUUCUUUGUUUUAGGCUUGUCAGAAUUACUAUUUUCAGCUAGUUUACAAGACAGUAGCUGUGGUGAUCUUCUGGAGACAGUAUUUAAGACAAGAAAUACUGGAAGGCUUAGAAAUACAUAUUCUGUAUGCACGAUAUAGCCCUGUAGGCAGUGCUAGGCUAUGAAUAUGCUGGACAAAACGACAUUCUUAUCAAAGAGGUGUUAUGGUUUAUAUUCAAAUAUUCUCUUUUAAUAUAUGUAGAUAUAAAAUAUCUCUUCAAAUACAUAUACUUAAUUGCAUAUUCUUGUCCCUCCCUCUUUUAGGUUAGUUUUGUUUUUAGGAAUGACAUUUAGUAGUCGUGAAGAAAAAGUAGAUUGUUUCCUUCACACAAGUAAUUUAGUUUAAAAUUAUUUCCUUGCAACACAUUGAAAGCAUUAUGUAAACUUGAGCUUUAUUAAUCAGACUUGAUUUCUGAGGUUCUGUAGAAUUUGCAUCUUUAUAACAAUUUGUUGCAAUGCAGUGGACAUAAAGGCUCGUUGUGCAGCAAUAAUACAUGCAGCAGUAGAUGCCUUUGAUGCACAUAUUUUUAAUGCUAUAAUGAGUUUAUUGAUCGCCGGUAAAUUCAGGCAUUCCAAGUAAAUUUCUUAGCAUGUCUUAUAUUCCUAUGUAAUUUGUUGCUAAUUUUAGCCAGCUUUUGGUACUUAUAUUUAUUUCUGUCUGACACUGUCUGCUCUUGCAGAUCAAAGGGCAAGAAUUGGCUUAUUCUCCUUAAACAUAUAUAUAUAUUCAUUCACACCAUUUGCUUGUUAAGUUAAAAGAGUUUAGAAAGUAAAUCUUUCUGAAAUUGUGAAAGCAAUGCUUUUUAAUGAGAACAGCUCGUACAGAAAAAACAGCAGACUUGUAUCCACAUGUUUUUUGAGACAGACAGUGUUGUUAUGGAUUAUGAACGGGCAGGACUAUACAGAAGGUGUACAUCCAAAACAGCAGUAGGCAAUUCACAAAUGGUAAAACUAGAGAACUUUUUAAUACGCUAUUUAUAUGCCCCAGAUUCACAGAAGGACAUUUAAAUGGCUACAGUUACAGAAUAUCAUCACAAACAUAGGAAAACGCUCAAUUUACCAUCUCUACUUACUGGUGAAUGCACUGCUCUUUUUUUUUUUUUUUUUUUUUGUGGUUUAUCUUUUGAGGUGCUGCCUUCAGAGAGGUGACCUGCAUUGUUUAAUGCUUGGAACUUUUUGAUAAGUAAUUGGUGACACUACAUAGAAAAAUUUAUCUGAAUUUCCAUUCUCUUUUGUUUUUCCUCAGUAAUUGGUGAUACUAUAUAGAAAAAAUUAUCUGAAUUUCCAUUCUCUUUUAUUUUUCCUUGUUUUCCCUCCAUACUCUUUUUUUCUCCUGCUGUUCUGUUUCAUUAUUGCUGCUACCUGUUGCUCUGCCUUGCCUGCCACCUCCUUCUGAUGACAGUUCUCCACAGUCCACUUUUCUUUCUUCCUUGCAUUUGUUUUGCUUUGUGUUCUGUUUCUGUCUGUGUCUUGAAUGCUAACAAGAGGAAUCACCAUCUCUUCCCCAUCCCUGUCUUUUCUCUCAGCUCUGGUGUAUUAUCGCAGCUGAUGUACUUCCCUACGCUUUGGCUCUCUGCAUUUUCUUCUCCUUUCUUUCCCACUUUCAUUUCUUUUAAUAUUUUCAUGUUAAAUUUUGGCUCUCGUUUUCUCUAAAUCUUUCUGGAACUCUUCCCUUUUGCCAUUCCUGCCCUUCUCUCAUCUCCUUGGCCCAGGGAGCAGAUACUUCUUCCUGAAAUUGGGAUCAGUGUUGUCCUCCUUGGAGGAGUGAUAAACUAUAACCACCAUUUUCUCUCUUGACCUUACUGUCUCUCUUCAUUGGAAGAAAUACAUUUAAUUGGCAGACAACUAAACCCAUGAUCUACCAAAUACCCCCUUCUGGCUCACUUCAGGUUACGAGGAUGAGACAUGGUGUUUACAUGAGCCUUCUGGAGCACAGCAAGGGCUGGCUUUCUUUGCCUGCCCUUCAAACUGGCAGAUACAGGGCAGCAGCAAAGUUGGGCAGGGACAUCCUGACAGCCACUAGGCUGUGUAUGUAUUUCAGUAUGGGCUGCUGAGAACCAAGAUACUACAUAGCCUUUUAGAUAUAAUGGUACAACCUGAAGAUGAAGAAUAGGUGAGAUAGAGGCCAUUGCUAUAGGGAAAAGAAGGACCAAGGACCAGUCUUCUUGGGAAUAGUUUGUCGGGUUUGUAUGCAACCUUUCCUGGAUGCAGAGGCAAAUAGCUUUCUCUUAAGCUCAUUAAUAUGCAAGUUUAAGCUGUAACCAUAUGGGUUUGGUGGAAUCUUCUUGUGGAGGAGCUUG